UGAUCGCUAGGUAGGCUGAUUUCAAAAAGGGAUUAUCAGGUGACAAUUCAAUAAUAACUCUUUUUUAUCAGUCAUGACUGAUCCAAUAUCAGGAAGUAUACCAUGUACUGCUCUGGUAAAUAUAAUUUGAAUAGCCACAUAAAACAUCUUCAAGUAUAAAAUAACUGAUAAUGCUGUUACAUUUGAUUCACACUUCAGUGGCUCAUGUUAGACGUACCUAUAUCAUAUGUAGCAAGAUGGGUCGAAAAUUUGUGGUUGGAGGCAAUUGGAAGAUGAAUGGAAGUAAACAACAAGUUACAGAAAUUUUGAAAUUUCUUGAAGCUGGCCCAUUGAACAGUGAAACAGAGGUUAUUGUUGGAGUUCCAGCUAUAUACUUGGACUUUGUUAAAAGUAAAAUUCCCCCAAAUGUAGAAGUUGCAGCCCAGAAUUGUUACAAAGUGGAGAAAGGAGCAUUCACAGGUGAAAUUUCUCCGUCCAUGUUGAGAGACAUUGGUAUCAAUUGGGUGAUUUUGGGACAUUCUGAACGAAGACAAAUAUUUGGAGAAACUGAUGAGCUGAUUGCUGAUAAAGUGGCCUUUGCUUUACAAAAUGGAUUGAAAGUUAUAGCUUGCAUUGGAGAAACUUUGGAAGAACGCGAAUCUGGGAAGACAGAAGAAGUUGUAUUCAGACAGACCAAAGCAUUAGCCAACAAAAUUGAAAAUUGGAAAAAUGUAGUAAUAGCUUAUGAACCAGUUUGGGCCAUUGGAACUGGAAAAACUGCGACUCCCCAACAAGCUCAACAGGUUCAUAAAGCACUAAGAGACUAUAUCAGUAAAACUGUCAGCCCAGAUGUUGCAGAAAAUACCAGAAUUCAGUACGGUGGAUCCGUCACUGGAGCGAACUGUGACGAACUCGGUUCUCAACCAGAUAUUGACGGAUUCUUAGUUGGUGGGGCAUCACUAAAGCCAGAAUUCGUGAAAAUUGUGAAUGCAAGACAUUGAUAACCGCGAUCACAACAUCACAACACUAUUUGAAUUGUAGGAAUAUUUCAUUGUUUUAUAUGUUAUACAGUGACGUGCAUAAAGGACAUGAAUAAAAAACUUUUGCAUUGC